CUUGGUUCAAGGGGGCAGAAGGGGUCGCUAUGGGUCCCAGGCGGUGCCUAGGGGGGCUCCUGGGGGGUCUGCUUUUUUUCUGGGGGGCCACAGGAGGAGGAGGAAGAGCAGCUGCCGCGCAAGAGGCUCCCUCCCACCUCUUUUCGGAGGUCUUCUCCUGCCAGCCGGACUCCCCCUUCUUAGGCCUGGCCCAGACUCUGGACGAUGAGCCGCUCUUCUGGUUCGACUUCCCGCGGUCCACCUGGCAGCCCCGGCUGCCCGACUUCCAGCCCGAGGAGAGGAACCGGACGCCCCAGGUUCGAAUCUUGAAGCUGGCCCAAGUCUGCAAGGCAGCGCUGGACAACCUCACCGAAGUCUCCGAGGCGGGCGCCCACAUGCCGGAAGCCAAAGGCUCCCCCCAGUUGGAGGUCUUCACCCUGCAGCCACUGGAGCUGGGCCGGCCGAACACCUUGGUCUGCGCGGUCAGCAACCUCUUCCCGCCUUCGGUCAAGCUCAGCUGGCAGCUGGACGGGGAGCCCCUGCCGGAUGAAGGCCCUGGGCCCCAGGGCCUCCAGAUCUACCCGGUCCUGGGCCUUGGCUUCCAGGCCUUCUCCUACUUGGAGGUCACCCCACAGCAGGGCCAGGUCUACAGCUGCAUCGCCAUGACCCCCCGGGACACGGCCACCAGCGUGGCCUUCUGGGUCCCCAAGGACCCUAUCGACCCUGAACUCCUGGCGAACGUCCUUUGCGGCCUGGCGUUUGGUCUGGGCAUCCUCUUCACCAUCGUGGGAGCCGUCCUCCUCUUCCUCACCUUCCGGCUCAGGGAAACAGAGUGAUCUGUCCUGAAGGCCUGACAAAGACCCCCAGAGGAGGAGAAGCGGCCGCUUCAGGGACCCCCAACCCUGCCCCUGGUACCAACCCACUGUGGGCAGGGUGGGUGUAUUUUGUGGCCCCAUGCUGUGAGAUUGAGGUGCCCUCAUCCUGGCCCCCCCACUUGGCCCCGGGGUCACUCUGUCCCUUGCCCACCUCAAGAGAGGUCCCCUGCCAAACCAUCCUCUCUUCUUCCUCCAGAUUUGGGGGGCUUCCUGUCGACCCUCCCUCUGUGCCCCCUCCAAACCCCAAUUUCUGGCUGCUCUUCAAAGCUGUUGCACCACAGAGAGGAAUCCACAUUUGGAAGUGAGAUUCCCAAUGAAUCCUCUUCCAUCCCGCUUUCUCAGAAGCUUUUUAAAUGUCCUGGUUUCUCUAAAGGCACCAGACUCCCUUCUGAUUUUGGGAGCUAAGCAGGGUCAGCCUUGGACAGCCCUUGGAUGGGAGGCCACCAAGAAAUCACCAGUGCUUUCAGGCUUUAUUUCAGAGGAAAGAACUGGCAAAACCAUCUCUGAGAGGCAUCCCUGGCCUAAGGAAACCCUCAUAAAAAACCAUGGAGUCACCAUAAAUUGAAGGCACAAAAUUCACACACAGAACCUGGAUCCAGAAAGAUACCAGGCAAUUGAACUUAAUAAAAUACUUGGAAACCA